GUCGUAGCUCUGCAUGUAUCUAGUCAUAGUGACAGCGAGAGAAUAACCAACAUGGUCAGUGUUCCAGAUGAUCUUGGUUUUAUAAAGACAAUAACUGAUGAUGAUGUCAUUGAAUUUAAUGACGAUACAUCAGAGAGUGAUGAAGAUCAAGUCACACCUCUUUCUAAAGAAAAAAGGAAGAAGAAAAGAACUAAUGAAUUUAACAACAACUUCCAGUUUGACAUAUCAUUUAAAGAUGAUGCAAUAUUCGAUAUGGACUUUGCUUUACGACAUGCAAAACGAAAGAAAUUAGAAGUUACAUCACUUGAUGAAAAAAUCAUACAGAUCCGUCGGCAAAAAAAGAAAGCGACAAAUACUAAGGAAAAAUCAGAAAAUAUUACAGACGAUUGGAACGAAGACGAUGACGACAGUUUUGAUGAAGAAGAAACUAAUAUGACUGAUGUAAUCAGAGACAAAGGUAGAAAAAAGAAGUCUAAAAAGAAAAUUGAAGAUGAAAAUAAGGUUAAGUUUGAAGAAGAUAUCGAUUUUUAUGAUAAAGAUAUCACAUUUCAAGAAAUGAAUCUUUCAAGACCAGUCAUGAAGGCCUUAGCUUCCAUGAAGUUUGACAAACCUAUGCCAAUUCAGGCUGCUACAAUACCAGUUGCAUUGUUGGGUAGAGACAUCUGUGCAUGUGCUGUUACUGGAUCUGGUAAAACUGCUGCUUUUAUGUUGCCCAUCAUUGAAAGACUUUUGUACAAACCAAAGAAUUCUACAUGUACUCGAGUGCUAGUAUUACUUCCAACCAGAGAACUUGCUGUUCAAGUUCACCAAGUUGCUAGGCAGCUGGCUCAGUUCACAAAUAUAGACAUGUGUAUUGCUGCUGGUGGUCUGGACUUAAAAAUGCAAGAAGCUGCAUUACGAAAAGGUCCUGACGUUGUGAUUGCAACACCUGGUCGACUUAUUGAUCAUCUUCACAAUGCUCCACAUUUUAGUCUCCAUACUGUAGAAAUCCUCGUUCUAGAUGAAGCUGAUAGGAUGUUGGACGACUUUUUUGCUGAACAAAUGAAAGAAAUCAUUCGUUUAUGUUCUAGACAGCGACAGACCAUGUUAUUUUCAGCAACUAUGACUGAUGAGGUUCAAGAUCUGGCUAAAGUAUCUUUAGAUAAACCCAUAAAAGUUUUUAUUAACGAAAACACAGAUGUAGCUUUUGGCUUGAGACAAGAGUUUAUUAGAAUACGUCCUACAAGAGAAGGUGAUAGAGAAGCCAUUGUUACAGCACUAGUGAGUCGUAUAUUUUGCAACCAUUGUAUAAUUUUUGUGCAAACAAAGAAACAAGCACAUCGAAUGCAUAUUAUUUUUGGUUUAUGUGGGAUCAACGUCGGAGAAUUGCAUGGAAAUUUAUCCCAAGCUCAGCGUCUUGAAGCAUUAAAGAGAUUUAAGGAAGCCAGAAUCGAUGUGUUGUUGGCUACAGAUUUGGCCGCUCGAGGCUUGGAUAUUGAAGGUGUGAAAACGGUUAUUAACUUGACUAUGCCCAGUACCAUCAAACAUUAUGUUCACAGAGUUGGAAGAACAGCACGUGCUGGAAAGAAAGGGAGAGCUGUUAGCUUGGUUGGAGAGAAAGAAAGGUCUUUACUGAAGGAGAUAGUCAAGAAAGCUCAUGAUCCUGUCAAAGCUCGUGUUGUUCCCCAAGAAGUUAUAAACAAGUACCGUGAUAGAAUUGAACAGUUAGAAGAUGAUAUCAAAGCUGUGGAAAAAAUUGAGAAAGAAGAGAAGGAAAUCCAGCUGUCUGAGAUGCAGUUAAGCCAAAUAAACAAUAAACUGGAAGGAACAGACGAACAAAAUAGGAAAUGGUUUCAGUCAAAAAAAGAGAAAAUUAAAGAGAAAUUGAAUGGUAGACUUUCCAAAAUGAGUGAAGAACCAGUUUCAAAGAAAAGUAAACAAUUACAAGGAGUGCGAAAGUCAAAGAACCAAACACCCGUUUCAACAGAGAACCGCAUUGAAUUUGAAGUACAUAAAGCACAACUUUGUGCUGCACGAUUUUCAAAGAAGUUUUCAAAGGCAAAACGUAUAAAAGCAUGUCCUGAUACUUCCAAAAAGGGAAUUCCAGUACAUUACAUUUAUGGAUUGGCAGAAUUGUUUGAAUAUCCGAGAAAAUGUCUUGGGGUUAUUUCUUAUGGCUCUUAA